AUGUUGAUAGGAAGAAAUGUUAGUUUGUCUGAUUUUUGUUCGAACUUUUCAAUUAUUGUUAUAAAAUAUUCUGCUUCUUCUUCAAAUAAAUUUGGUUCGUCAUUAGCUAUAAGUUGGUCUAUUCUUUUAAUAAGUCUUUUAUAA